UAGCCCAAGAUGUUAGGAUUUCACACAUAGGUAGUACAGUUGUGCCAAUGUGCCAAGACUUUUGCUUAUCACUAUAAUAACUUGAAUUUUAGACUCUGACAAAUUGUAAUAAUAUAAACGAGUUCAACAGCUAUAUAUAUAUGAUGAUAACUCCACUGGACAUUUUAUCUAUUGAAUCGUGGAUCUUGAUUGCAAGCGUGAUAUUACUCAUCAGGUAUUAUUUGAACCAGAAAUGGAGGUAUUUCGAAAAGCUCGGCAUUCCUUAUAAUCCACCGUCUAUACUUAAACUCGGAAAUAUACUUUCCGCCUUCGAUAAAGAUAAUGCGUUCGAAUAUGACAACCAAUGUAAGAAGAAGUAUGGAAAUAUCUGGGGGGCAUUUACAGGGGUAUCGCCAAGUAUAUCGGUUCACGAUCCUGAUAUUUUGAGACAAAUUUUUAUCAAAGAAUUUCAAACAUUCCCAGACAGACAGAAAAGAUUGACCAAGGUAAAUGGCAAAGAGAUGAAUACUGGCCUAACUGCCGUGCAGGGGAAUCAAUGGAAGCGGAUAAGAAAUACCAUGACACCAACAUUUUCUACUUCUAAACUGAAGCAAAUGUGUGGUAUAAUCGACUGGUGUGCCGGCAAUACUGUUGAUGCACUGAAUAGAAAAAUUGAAAAUAACGAAGGGGUGUUUAAUUCAAAAGAGAUCUUUUCCCGUCUUUCAUUGGAUAUAGUGUGCUCAGCAGCAUUCAGCACCAAAGUUCACUCGCAGGAUGAUAGAGUAGAAGAGCCAGAAAUUUCCAAAAAUGCCAAAAAGUUGUUUAGCGGAUCAAUACUCAGUCCUCUUAUCAUAUUGUUCCUUAUCUUUCCACCUCUUGAAAAAAUGUUUGCAAAAUUCAACUUCUCAAUGAUGGGCGGUAAUGGGUUAAAUUACUUUAAAAAACUAGCAACACACGUAAUGAAUCAACGACAAGAAAAUUCACAUGCACACGGCCGGGUAGAUCUCAUGCAAUUGAUGUUGGAUGCUGAAGUAUCAGAAGAGAAAAUCAAACAAGGCGCGGAAAAAGGAAUGACAAAAACAGAAAUCAUUGGUAAUUCGAUGUUAAUGAUUUUGGCUGGUUACGAAAACACUGGGAAUACAAUGAGCUGGACAGCUUAUAAUUUAGCCCAACAUCCGGAAAUACAGGUCGAAGUUCAAGAGGAAAUCGAUGAAAUGAUGAAAGUUGAGGGUAAAUUCGACUACGAAAGCGUGACGAAAUUGAAGUUGUUGGACAUGUGCAUCAACGAAACCCUCAGACUCUACAUGCCGAUUCUAAAAAAUGCUAGAUAUUGUGAGAAAGAAAUCACUAUCAACGGUUUAACAAUUCCAGAAGGAAUAAUGAUAAGUAUACCAUCAUAUGGACUGGCACACGAUCCUGAAUAUUGGGACGAGCCUUAUAAAUUUAAACCCGAAAGGAUGCGGGACAUGAGCCAAAUUGACCCAAUGGUUUAUCAGCCGUUUGGGGCAGGACCACGUAAUUGUAUUGGAUCGAGAUUUGCUUUGAUGGAAAUUAAGAUGUCUCUAGCAAAACUUCUGCAUACAUUCACUUUCAAGCCUGCUGAGGACACACCGAAACCUCCUUUGAAGUUGAUGUUUUCAUUUUCUGUUCGUCCCAAAGUUGAUUUCGAUUUGGUUGCAGUACCUCGUCACACUGUUGCGACUUGAUUUCAGAUGAUUUAUUGUUGAUGCCCCCGGCUAGAGUUCUCUUUGUGUAUAUUAACUACCUUCACCUAAUUUCUGGUUGAUUUGUUUGUUCUCUAAUCAUACAUUUUGUGUAUUUUAUUUUCCUAUGUGCAACUUUACUCAUGUAUGACGUAUUCAGAAUAUAUUACUUGCAGUGUAACUGUGUUGGAAA